AUAAACCUAUAACGAUCGAAAUGAAUCAUCUACGUGUUCUUUUAUGGAUCUGUCAAAAGUCUCAACUCGUUUGUCCGAAUGCUCUUGAAUUUUUACACGAGUUAUUGAACCAAAACAAUUCAGGAAUGGUUGUAACAUUGAAAGAUGUUUCCUUUAACGCAGCAGGUAGAAAUGAAAUGGUAACGAUCCUAGAUAUUUAUGAGAUGCUUCAUGUUAUUCAUUCAAAGAGUACUACAGCGGAAAGAGAGAUUGUUUAUCAAUGUCUAGUUGACGUUCUCCAAUUUUGCCACGUCAAAAUAGAGACCCUGAUGUAUUAUCUAUGUACAGCAAUUAGUAAUUACGACCUCGUCAUUGGAAUAGCAAAAUCUCGAUCUUUAUCUUCACAUUUUCUUCAAUUCGUCACCACUUGGCUUCGAUUUCGAAAGAUAUAUGGCGACGACGAAGUACCGGCUAACUCAAGAUCCUUGUUUAAAUCACCAUUUGAUGAAACUAUGGAACAAUUAUCAGAAUAUGUGAAUUUUCUUCAAUCGAAAGACGAAGACGAAGCGUCCUCGAAAUUGUAUCAUGCGUUAUCCUUCUUCAAAAAUUACAAGAUUUCGUCAACUCGUAUCAUUGGAUGCGAGGAAGGUGAGGAUUUUCAAUAUUUUUUUUUUGUUUUCUUUUAAUAUGCUGUGCAAUAUUCUAUUGGUA